AUGGUCAUGUCCAGCACCAGAGCGUCGUGGCCUUCAGGUGCAAUUGUGGACUCUGCUGCUUCCAGAAUGAACCUGUCGCCCGAGCUCAGCAUCGCGCUUCAGCGCAUAGCAGCCUGCAACAGAAGCGAGCGCUUGCUGAUGGUAGUUCGCGACGAUUUGGUCAAAAGUUUGCAAGCCGGACAGGUUGCAGUGGCCUACGCACACGAGGCGUGGAUGCAGCUUGAGCAGCUGGGAGCGGACGUCAUGUCGAUCGGCAGGCUGGUGGGUUUCGUGGACAGGGACAAGCUGCACAAGGCUUUCAAGGACUCCAAGCUGCUGAUGCGGGACAGGGUGGUGUGGCAAGCUAUGGGUCGUUCCCGCACGAUUCUGGACACGCAACUGAUCAUGGACUACCUGGCUGUCAUCGUCAACAACGACAACAAACGGCUGAGUCAACUUCGGAAUGCCUACUACAAGGUGCAGUCCGAUGUAGUCGCAGCGAUGAUGGAGGACUACCCAAGCUGGGAGAAGUUCGCUCGCAAUGUGUGUGGCAAUGUGGAAGAUGACGACAUGCAGGUCGUCCUCAUGAACCUGGGCCUUUUCGUGGACCUCAGUGCGCAGAACUAUUACCCGAGCUUGAUGGAAAUGCCCUUCAUCGUCCACGAUGCUCUUGCCAAAACACGGCCACCCUCCCAGACGGGGUUGCCAGGGGGCACCACCUCCGGUCCAAAGAUACCAUCUGACGCCGUCAACCUGCAGAAGUCUUUGGCUGAGCUUGGACGUGUCUUGGCCUACGACGACUUUGUGGAUCCAGUGCACGAGGCUCUGAAGCAGAGCAACAAAUCCAGCCUCGUUGCAAUCCAACACUCGAUUGCAGCCUGGGCCCGUCUACGCAACGACAUCGAUGGCAGUGGAGUCCUGUCUUGCGACGACGGGGCCCGCAAGUUCCGAAAGCUAGAUUCCCUCCUCCAGGAAGAGAUCCUCCUCACCUGCUACGCGUUCCUCGGGAAAGAUGGUGCUGCAGACUUUGGCCUCGUGGAUCAUGUCAUUCGUGAACAAUACGAGUCGAAGACAGACAUACUGCAACUGAACAUCGAGGCACUCCUGACGAAGCUGCAUACGACACAUUCGCACUUGCAGAAGGCGGCCCUCACAGAGUUGACAUGCUCAGAGAACGUGUGGAAACGUUGUGCACCACCAGUGGGCCGUGUGCCUGCCGUGUCACCACGAAAGAAACCGAAAGCAAAAGAGGGGAACAGGUGGCUCACAGUUUUCUACUUUGCAGUCGCCGGACGUUCGUCUCUUCCAGAGCCCACGCGGCGUGGGAACCUUCUUACGAUUGCGGUACUGAGGUUCGAUAUGUCCCAGGCCAUGCAGGAGCGCAUGAAGCAGGAAGAGAAGGAGGCUGGCCUUGUUGACCUGGCAACAAGCCAGCACCGUGGCGAUCUAUGA